AUGGAUUUCACCCCAAUUAUUUGGGGAGCUCCCAGCCUGCCCAUGAACAAGACUAUGGUUGCUGCUCACCCGGCCCUCACAUGGUACGCCACAUACGUGAUAGACUUAACCACAGCCUUCACGACCACCUCACCGUCGAAGUACUACUGCUCAUAUGCCACUCUAAUAAAUGCCGACCAGUCUACGAUCAAAGGCCCAGAUACUAUCUGCAAUCACUACAUGCAUGUGUACGGGCAAUUUGAGAAAUGUGUACAUGACCAUAUUCGUACCUUUGCAUUGAGCAAUGAUGAAUUCGGCACGCAUAUGUUGGUGGUCGAGAUGAUCAAUAACUUGCACCUGAAAGACGGUAAAGGGGUCGUGCCGCUUCCUCAAGCCUUUACGUAUGAGCUUUCGCCAGCGCAAGAGGGUGCCGGGACAUAUGGCUUGCAGAUCUGUAAGGAACGAUGCUAUUUUGAUAUGGGAUUACUACAACGGGCGGCGAACGCUUGA